CACGCCACUUCCCUGAGUGGGGGAUGACUCAUCCCCCCAGCCCGUCAUCCCCGGUACCGUAACACCAGCAAACCACAGAGCUCUUCCUCCAGCCGCGCUGAUGAGCUGCCUGGCCUUCGCCUCCUGAGCCGGACGCCUCCUAAAAUCAAAGACGACGACUCUCCCCUCAUGGAGACCCAAGACCCCACCACUGCCGAAACGGCCGAGACUCUGGUCCCGGAGGACGGCUCCGAGCUGGAGAAGCCAGUGGAAGAAGCAACAACCAGUGGUGAGAAAGAGGAGGAGGAAGCUUUCCUUGUCAGCCUCUACAAGUUCAUGAAGGACCGACACACGCCCAUCGAGAGGAUCCCCCACCUUGGCUUCAAGCAGAUUAAUCUCUGGAAGAUCUACAAAGCUGUGGAGAAGUUGGGAGCCUAUGAGCUGGUGACGGGGCGACGGCUCUGGAAGAACGUCUACGAUGAGCUGGGGGGCAGCCCCGGCAGCACCAGCGCUGCCACCUGCACCCGGCGGCACUAUGAGAGGCUGGUCCUCCCGUACGUGCGGCAUCUCAAGGGGGAGGAUGACAAGCCUCUGCCCCCCAGCAAGCCCCGCAAGCAGUACAAGGUCUCCAAGGGCACCGAGACGGGCGAGAAGAGCAAGAGGGCCAGGAAGGAGAAGGGCCGGGACCAGAUGCCUCCGGACAAGGUGAAGCUGGAGGUGGCAGCUGGCACGGAGGACACCAGGGAUGCCCCGGAGGGGGGCCGGGUGGCUGAGGGAUGCUCCAGCCCAGCGGUCCCAAGCCCGAGCCCCUCGGGGGGCUGUCCCAGCCUCUGCAGGCCCCACACCGAAACCUAUAAGCGCCUUUUCUCCAGCUUCUACUCCAAAGGCAACCACCCCAUCAUGUCUCCGCUGGCCAAAAAGAAGCUGCUGGCCCAGGUGAGCAAGGCAGAGUCCUUGAACUGCCACAAACGCCACGGCCCCGAGGGCUGGCAGUCAGCAAGCAACACUGGCCCAGGCCAUGAGCCCCCCCGGCCAGCCGCUGGCCACAAGGAAAGGAGCCCAGAGCUGUCGGGAGCUCGGGAUACAGCUCUGAGCGUCGGGAGUGAGGUGGAACCCAUCCCCAGUGCAUCCCCCAGCAGGAGAGACAGCCAGCCCUGCCCACAGGCCAAGGAGGGGGGUCCAGCACCCACUGUCUUCACCGGCUGCUUCCACGCCUACCGCAGCGAGGUGCUGAAGCCCGUCAGCUGCCGUCCCCUCUGGGGGUGUUUCUCCAACUUGAAGGAUUUUUUUGAGCCGCCUUCUACCUUCCCGUCACGAUCUGAGGAACCGGAACAGCCCCAAGACCUGCGGAGCAAAGCGAGGCAGUCAUGGAGUGGGGAGAGCCGACGAGGGGCUGCCUGUGCUGCUGUCAAAGCCUGCUGGGUGCCCCCCAGGGCUGGCUUCGCCUCCGCUGAGCCAAGGGGCAAGCGUGGCCAGGAGGAGGCAGCGGCGGCUUUCGGCCCCUCUGCAAAGUUACGCGCCAUCUCCCCCUUCAUCAAGGAGGCUGACAGCAGGGACACAGGUGCUGGCUCACCCAGGGGCCAGCAAGGGCUGGCCAAACCCAAGGCGAUGGUGGCCAGCCCUGGCUAUGCUACAACACUGCCACAAGCCCCGGACAUUUACAAGGGAGCAAUGCUGCAUUUGCCAGCAAGUUUCGGGAACCCGCUGGAACACCUCAAAGCCCAGGGGGUGCCAGUGGUGCCGUCCCUCUCCGUCAACCCCUUCAUUGUCCCCGCUUUCCCCAGCCCUUUGGUAGCUGCCUCCACGCAGCCCUCCGACCUGUGCCGGCCGCUGGCGACUGGCCCUGGGCACUACCCGGCAUCCUAUGAGAGCUCGCUGCGGCACCGGGUCUACCCGGCAGCGACGUGGCACAGCCAACCCACCUAUGCCUCCCCACACGUGCCGGCCUUUCACCGCCAUGCCAAGCUGUAGCGUUCCCAUCCCACUCUGGAUCAGCCUUGUUCCCUGUGGAGAAGGGAGCAGGACAGGAUGCUGCAGCAGCUGAGCCAGGAAGCGAGGCACAUGCUGGAGCCAAUCACUGCUUCAGAGCCUGCAGCAAAGGGGACUAAAAAGGCAAUCCAGACCAUGUCAUUUUUACUCUUGAUCUUAGAGCUGUUUGUAUCCAACUGACAUCGUUAUGCCGGUGACUUAACUACCAAUAUCCCAAGGUUAUAUAUAUAAUAUAUUAUACAUACACACAUUAAAAAGAGGGAGCAAAAUGAGUUGUGGAGGUUUCUAUUUUGCUAGAGAUGCUGUGUCCCAGCAUGGUUUCACAUGAUGCAGCAAGGAGGCCGAGCCAGGUGAUGGUUAUUUCUAUCCCACCACACCCAGGAUGCUCUCCCCUACACUAACUGUAAAUGCCUCCACUCCCCCCCUCCGCCCCCACCCCACCCCUGCAACUUCCUACCUUGUCCCCUCCUCCCUGACUCUCCCUGGCCCCAGUCCCUCAACUUAGCUUUCAGAGGGCCAGGGAUCUGAAACCAUCCUCAACAAAUACGCACCUACCACACCAGCUAACUGGGAUGGUCCUGCAGUCGCCUAGUUCUGCUUCAUCAUCUGUGUAAAAUAACCCCAUAAACAAGUAGUGCCAGCAGUAAGCCAUCACACCAGUCAAUGCCAACCUCUCCCACUCCUCAGAAGGGCCAUGGCAUUCUGCUUGCCUGUGACUUCUGGAGAUGGACACUAGCUAUCAUUGCUUGUGGUUCCUAAGAUGCCAAGAGACACAGGAUUACUGUUACUCUGAGAAGUCACCACUCCCAUUCUCCUCCUUGCUACCACUGCAGCUCGCCUCAAAUCCUCAUCCAAUUCCAAAAGUGGCCGGCAUGGCACCUGCAAAACCAAAGAGAAACGCUUAAUCAAGCUGCCAUGAUUUCCUGCUCUGGGAUGCCAGCCCCAGCUCACAUUCUUGGACUGCUUACUGGGAUAUGGCUUUGUCCCUCCGAGGCUGCUUACAGCACCUGAAAACCACCAAAGCAAAAGCCACACACUGAAAUGCUGCCCAAAACUGCAGCCUGCCUGCACUGAUUCCCAUCUUCUGUUGCUUUACCUCAGCUGCUCCUCACCACCUCUGCCAUUUACAGGUUGCCGCAUUGGGGCUUGGGUGACAAGUGACACAAACUACCUCCUUACCUACAAAGCCCCUUUAGGGAAUUACAGAGGUGGUCAGCCAAUAGAAAAAGUGCAACGAUUGCGACAUGGUUACUCAAAGAUCAGAAACGGGCACCUUACGACUACAGAAACUGGUGCUAAAAACACAAUAGAUAAGCAAGAACAAGAAAACAUAACUGCCACGACCAGCCCUAGAGCAAACCUCAUCGCACACUUAAGGAAAAAGGCAAAACUGGAAAAUAAAAAAGCUUGUGUGUUGGGAUCACAAUAAGAGACAGAUCCCUAGCUGGAGAUUUUUUUUUUUUUUUUUUUUUUUUUUUAUGAGCACAGAUAUACACAUCCUCCUCUCCAAGAAAUUCCAGCGAAUACAGUCACUCGACCCUGUGCCGGAGACAAUCACCUAGUCCAUGUCUCUAAGUAACUGUGAAAUCCAGAUGGCCAGUGAAGGGAUGGAUGCAAAAAUUAAGUCAGGAAAUGAAGAAAGUAAAAGGCGCAGAGAGUUCAGGAGGGUAUAUUUUGAUGUACUCCUUGCUUUACGAGAUGAGACUCUUCUGACAUUCAGCCCCAUGUAUUCUGAUGCAGAGGAACGGAUGGUUUAUGCUGCAUCUCUCAGGACCGUUGUACCUUCUGUCAGCUGCAGGGAGACUAAAACAGAACAGACCUCAUCGGCAUCCAAAUCCAACUGCAAAGCUGACCUGAGAAAGGCUGAUGAACCUUUCCCAACCAUCCCCCAGGCCCAAAACUUUAGAAACCCCUUCUCCUCUCCUGAACUCCCAGGGCAGCAACCCCACUCCUCCUGAUGGCUCCUUUCCUGUAUUUGUACCCUUCAAACCCCUGUGUCAGCUGCUCUUCUGAGCUGUGCUCUGCAUUCUGCAGGCAGCUUCUCUCUUCCAGUUUCCUACAAAGCCUGGGCUCUGCUACAGGCCCACAAAAUAAGUGAAGUCCUAAUGCUUAUCAUCUAUGAGGGGCCUGCUGCAAGCUGUGGAGGUUCUAGGAACAACAUGGUACUCCAUGAGCAACCAGGAAAGGCAAUGAGCUGUCCUGUACCCUGAAAGAUGCUAUACCUUAUGUCCUUGCUGCUUUCCUAAGAAAUACUAAAACUCCAUCAACAGAUGCAUACAAGAUGUUCACCCUAAACCCUGCUAGAUGAUCUCACUAUCAGUCCUAUCAAAAGAGAUGACAUCAGAAACUUACACCAUAAACAGCAAAACUGGUGAAAAAACCCCGAGGUUCCAUCUCCAAUAAAGUCAGGAAUUGAAGUAAAAUAUAAUGAACCUAGAAUAAAAAAAAAAUUACAUACUACUGAAUCAUCUUGUAAGCUCCUGAACACUCAAUACAAAGUUAUUAACUUGGAAAAACCCCUAAAGCUGCAUACAAGUGUGUUUUCUUUGUUAUAUCCUCCUUAACCUCAACUAUUCCUGAAGCUCUUACCUCAGACACCUCUGCUUCCCUAAACAUCAAAACCAACAGCUGAACCAACUCAAAAGCUGCCAUUGACUGAAGGCACAGCAGAGCACCCACACCAGCCAAGCCCAGGAGCAGUAUCAGCUCGCUAGCACAGACCUGUGGCUCACAGGCCCCAGGCCCUGCCCACUGCCCUUCCCACCAUCCCCUGGGAAAGGGGCGGGGCCAACCACCACGAGGCUUGAAGGUGGCCGGAGGAGGCAGCACAGGUUUUCUGGUCUGCCUGGAGUUUGUGCUGUGCAAAGUGCUGAAUGGAGAAAGCAAUCCUUACUAAAAAUGAUGAUAUGUGCUCUUUUACCUCAGCUACAUCUAUUGCAUCAGCAACAGAACUCGAUGAGUCCCAAAGGACAGAAAACACCAAAAAACCAUGGUAAUACAAGAAACGUGUCAGAAAAUCUAUGAAGAAACCUAAUGAACACCUCAGUAGCUAGAACAAAAAUAAAUUGUAAAACACAUCAAAAAACACUAUGGGAGAUGUGCCGAUAAAAAUGGAUGAAAGCAGUUGCCUUCUCUGAAAAACUCAAGAGGCAAUCUGAACCAAAGAUAGAUAUCUUUGGGGUAUCAGGAAACAAGUAGAAACAUACUAUAAGGCACAAAACAAAAAGACUGCUGUGGAGCACAAAGAUGGCUUCAGAAAAGGUUCUGAUGGAAUGAGAAGCAUUGUCACAGGGAUUAGAGAGGUCCCAAAGGACCGGUGAGACUGAAGAAGUCUCAGGGCCGUGAUGAGCUUAAAAGGGAGUUGAACAAAGUGGAGAUGUCCUCGGGGGACCGAAUGGAAAUGCAUGGAACAGAUGAGAGGAUUGGGGUAACAGUUGCAGACUCAGGAGGGGUUCUGAGGGGAAAAGAGGGGUGCAAAUUGCCCUCCCAAGCUAAAACAGGGCUCCGGGGUGUAGGGGAUGUCUUGCAAGAGCUCCGCAAAGGGAGUGAAAGAGUCCUGAAGGGGCCUGACAGAUCAAAAAAGCCUCAGAACUCUGAAGGGGACUUUGACAAAGUACAGAUGUUGUCAGGGAGCCGGGAGCUGAAUGAAGACAUCUUGCAAAGAGUAAUGCAAGAGUGCUCGGAAGGGCACAAAAAACCCAGAAGUUGACUGUCCAUCUCACCAUCGACCAGCAUCCAGCCUCCAAACUGAAAAUGUCCAGCCCCUGCUCCCAGGCGAAAGGUGCCAGACCUGAAAGUGGUGCCUGGACUGAAACCUUCCUCAGCGGCCCUGUCCUGGUUUCAGCUGAGAGGGUUAAUUUUCCUCACAGUAGCUAGUAUAGAGCAAUGUUUUGGAUUUGUGCUGGAAACAGUGUUUAAUAAUAUAGAGAUGUUUUCGUUAUAUAGACAUGUUGUUGAGCAGUGCUUACACAGAGCCAAGGCCUUUUCUGCUUCUCACACUGCCCUGCCAGCGGGAUGACUGGGGGUGCACAAAUUGGGAGGAGACACAGACAGGACAGCUUGACCCAAACUAACCAAAGGGAUAUUCCAUACCAUAUGACGUCAUGGUCAGUGUUUAAGGAGCUUGGGGAAGAGGAAGAUGGGGGGCAGCGGCGUUCAGAGUGAUGGUGUUUGUUUUCCCAAGUAACCACUAUGUGUGAUGGAGCCCUGCGUUCCUGGAGAUGGCUGAACACCUGCCUGCCAUGCGAAGUGGUGAAUGAAUUCCUUGUUUUGCUUUGCUUGUGUGCACAGCUUUUGCUUUACCUAUUAAAUUGUC